AUGUUUGCCUUGGAUGUCAAGACAGCUAUCGUCACAGGUGCGACCGGCGGCCUAGGGUCGGCCAUGGCCUUAGCUCUGGCGAAGGCUGGAGCGGCGAUUGUAUCGAUCGAGCUACCUGAUGAUCCGUUAUCUUCAGCCCUCAAGGAAGCUCUCGAGCAUAUUCCAGUGUCUUUGCACACUUUUCGAUGUGACCUUCGAGACUCUGCUAGUCUCAGAGACUGUUAUAGACGCAUAUGGGAUGCUGGUAUAGUGCCAGACAUCUUGGUGAACUGCGCCGGCGUUGUCCGCCGGACUCCCUGCGAGGAUACAUGUGAUGAAGAUAUAGAUCUGGUUUUGAACGUCAACGUCAAAGCCUGCUACGUGUCGACACAGGAGUUUGGCCGCAGGCUGAUCUACCAAGGUCGCCCCGGGAAAAUCAUCAACAUUUCAUCCGUCACCUCUUACCAAGCUGGCUUCAACACUAGCAUCUACUCUACCAGCAAGGGCGCCGUAAUGCAGAUGACCAAGGCUUUUAGCAACGAGUGGGCGUCCAAGGGCAUACAGGUCAACAGCAUUGCCCCUGACUUCAUGGAUACCACCAUGACUUCAGGGUACCAAGCUGACCCAGAGAUAAUCCAGUACCUUAUGAGCAGAGUUCCGAUGAAGAGGUGGGGCAGUCCGGAUGAUCUGCAAUCUGCAGUCCUGUUUCUUGCAUCACCCGCCAAUCGUUUUGUCUCGGGCAUCACACUCCCUGUGGAUGGAGGAUUCCUGGGAAAGUAG